AUGGAUUUCGACUCCCUCCUCACCAGCGAAAUCUCCAAAAACAAGCCCGAGAAGGGACGCAAGUUUGUCCGCCGCGCCGACCUCGAAGCUGAGCGACGGGCGACCUACGAAGCCGAGCAAAAGUCGCUCGAGGAGAAGCGCAAGGCGCGCGCGGCGGAAAAACGCAAAGCAGAAGAAGACGAAGAAGCGGAGAAGCAAGCGCGCGAAGAAAGGCGGCGCAAGCUGGGAGAGGAGUCGCGGCGGCGUCGCGAGGCGCAGGAAAAGGAGGAGGAGAGGAAGCGCAGGAAGAGGCUCGGGCUGCCCGAGCUCGUGGAGAGCACGGGGGCCGACGAGGAAACGGUGGGCGAAGGAGAGGAAGAUAUCGCCGAGGAGGAGCUCGUGGCGAAGCUGAGGGGAUCGGGGCGCCGGCGAAAACUCACGGUGGUGGUGACGGCGGGGCCGAUCCCGACGACGCUGCAGCUCGUGGAGGGCAAGGAUAUGAAGGUGGAUGGGACGGUGCCCAAGGACAAGGAAGGGCGCAAGUACCUGUUCCGGCAGCUGGCCUCGUAUUUCAUGCUUGUGCUUUCCGAGUACGAGAUCGCGAUGGAAAAGGAGAGGAGGGAUACGCUCACGAGCAAAACCGCGUACAAUGCCAUGGUUCAGACGCGCGAGAACAUGAAGCCGCUCUUCCGGAAAUUCGAAAAAGGCGAGCUCGAAGACUCGAUCCUAGAGCCCGUCGUGGAGAUUGUCAAGGCGGCGCAGGAGCGGCGCUACGUGCACGCCAACGACGGCUACCUCCGUCUCAGCAUCGGCAAGGCGGCGUGGCCGAUUGGUGUGACCAUGGUGGGUAUCCACGAGCGAAGCGCGCGAGAAAAGCUUCACACGGGCGAGCGGGGCCAUGUCAUGGGUGACGAGGUUACGCGCAAGUUUUUGCAGAGCAUCAAGCGGUGCCUCACGUUUGCGCAGGUGAGGUGGCCGCCGGAGGAUAUCACGCAGCUCAUGGGAUAA